AUGUUUAUUAUAGUUACUUAUAUUUAUUUGAAAUUGUUUCUCCAUUCAAGUCUAUGGAUACAGUUUAGUAUACACUGGUCACAAAUAAUAAUCAUAAACUCUAUAAUCAACAUAACAUAUCAAGCUGUCAAAGUUUCAUAGUUUUAAAUUAAUUAUACAUUAACUCUUGAAUAUUUUGACGUAUUAUGAUAAAACGAAAUGCGUCAAAAGUUUGCUUUUAUUUAUAGAUAUUUAUAAUACAUAUAGAGUAAAUAUUUAUUGAGCAAACAUUGCCAAAUAAUUAAAUGCUAAAGUGACUCUUAAUUGAUCAAGUCUAUUGAAUCGUUUUAAUCUCAUACUCUCAGUUAAUUUUAUUAAAUUUUACUGUUUAUUUAGUUGAGGAGAGAUAAAAAUAAUCCAAAAUAAUUUGCUGAAAAAUCUUUUGUGGAAUUGGUUAUUAAUUAAAAUAAUAAAAAGUGAUAAUGACUCCUGGUGUUAAUGAUGGGCCGAAAAAUACAGGAACAUUACCUAAAAGUAACAGAAGAUAUGAAAGAAAUAGAGAAAUUAUAAAUUCAAAUCAACCAUCUGCUCGUACUGUUUAUCAAAGUCGUACUCAGCAUUCAAAUAAUUUGUUGGACUUGCAACCAGUUGGCAACGACAGGGAUAUUUGUACUCUUCGAAGUACAAAAAAUAGUAAUACACGGUCUAUAUCAUCAACAGCUUCACUGUCCUAUCAGGAUAUUGCGGAUAUUGUUUCAUUGGGCGGAAACAGGCAAUAUAACAAUUAUACCGGUGAAGAUUGUAUUCAGUGGCAAGAAAUGUCUCAGUCAGUAGAUUCACGUGCUCAAUCUCCCCCGCAUACACAGCCAGCUAAGCCAAUGAAUGUUGAUAAAAUGCCAGAUCGGAAUCAAGUGGAAAGUCGAUUGAAUCAAAUUCGUGAUUACAUCAGAAUGACCUCUACGAUGAUGGAAUCACUUAGUCUGUCUUCUGAUCCACGAGCGCACACUCAGCACGAUAAACUAGUUACUAUGGUUGAAGAUCUACGUGACAGCGAGAGAAAACUUACUAAACUUUUGGAAGAAUAUCGUCCUAUCGAAGAGUUAAAUCACCACCAGCCUCAGUAUUCCAGUCACAUGAAACGUUUUAGUGAUCUUCUGGAUAUACUAACCUCUCAAGAACGUAUUCUUGUUACUAACAGUAAUAACUCCAGGAAUGGAGAGGGAGCUGAUGGAGAGGAAUCACUGGAAUCACAGUUGAGAAGGAAAAUGGAGGCGUCCCAACGAAAAUUGGCUGAACUGCAAGAGCAUCAAGCUAAUCUUGUUGGGAUGCAGCAACAAGUCAGAGAACGUUUACAGGAAGCACGUCAAACUCAGCAGGCAUUACUUUUGCAAGAGAAUCAAGCUUUAACUGGUUCAUCAACUCCCGCGUGGGACAAUGGAAAUUCCCAGCGUCAGCUGGCAAAUGACGCAGAAAUAUUGGAGUCUGAGACUUCUGCACUGAGAGGUAAAUUAGCUGCUCUCCAGAAUAAGAAGAAACAAAUGGAUUUACUUGUUGCUGAAUUGCAAAACGUUGAAAUGUCUGACCGUGCCAGUUGUAGCUCUGGAGGUUCCCGAAAUGCCGAGCGAGACAAAUCUGUAGAACUAGAGACUCUUAAACAGCAAUUAGCUCAUCUUAAAAAUUUAAUGUCAGAAGCGACACGUGCCAGAGAUGCUUACAACGCGAUUAAUCAACCAGAAGUUGAUUCAAAUCCCAAUGAUGCUUGUUGCAAUGAAAAUGGGCAAGCUGAUGAUGAAGCUGCUGCAGCAUUGUCCUCUAGUAACUCUAUUGAUCGUAAUAGUGAAGCCGAUGAUAUUUCUGCUAAAUUUAAUAACUCUAAAGAGCGUUUAACUGUUGAGCAAAUCCAGGCUGUGACGCGUGAAUUAAAAGAACAACAAUUGCUUUUACAAGCAGCACGUGCUGAAAUAAAGCGUUUGAAAGAUUCAACAUUGGCGUCUACUUCAAGCGGGCCACCAAUUCUUUCGCAUGGCUCAAUUUCUCCGCCAUCCAUGGCUGGAUAUUUAGUUGAUAAAAAAUCCAGUAACAAUAAUAAUAAUAAUAAUAAUAAUAAUAAUAGUAACCAAAAUAAUAUACAUGAAGAAAUUUCGCAGUCUAAAAAACGUCAAUUGGAAGAGUUUGUAAGAAAAGAACAAUGUUUGACAGCGAGUGUUAAUCGUGAUGGAGCUGCUACUGACUGGAGCAGUAGACGCGGAUCUAAUUCACAGCACAGUCAUACUAGUACUCCGGCUCAUAUUUGGCAUAAUUCAACUACUAUUGAUGAAGCUAAUGAUCAAAAUGGUGAUAAUAUAACAGCUCCAGAUAAUUUACUAGAUAUUGGACCACAAAUAACAGCGGUUGAUGGUUUAGGAAAUAACUGGUGGAAUGUACCGGCACCUUCAGUAAAUCCACAACAACACGUAGGUACCGGUUCAUUGGAGUACUAUCGACAAUUACUGAUGAGUUCGCAAGCUCAGCAGUUGCAAAUGAUGAGCACAACAAUGCAACAAUGCUGUCAAUUGCUGUGGGCCCAACAGCGUGAACUUCAGGCAAUGAGAAGCUCAAUAGUUCAGAUACAGCAACACUUGCAGAUUAAUCAGAAUCAAAAUCAGUCUCAGAUACAACCACAAUCACGCGUCUCUAAUGAAACUCGUGAUAAUUAUUCAAACUUGAGCCGUUCAACUCAUCACUUGGGUAAUGUUCUUGACGCCGCUUUACCACCCAGUUCAUCACUUCCCAAUCUAGUCUCUCUGCCAACACCUUCACCGGCUCCAUCACACAACUCAAUAGUCACAUCCGCUAAUUCUCAUCAUCAGCAUCACCAUCACCACAAUCAUCAACAGCUGAAUAAUCAAGUACCACCUGGUAAUCGUGCCAACAACUACUAUGAUAAUUUCCGAAGUUACUCCAGGCAAAACCUAUUAUCGGGAAAUUCAAAAUCAGUAACUGAUUCAUUGCCUGGUACUUCGGGUAAUUCAAGUACAGUAACAGCUGUUCAUGCGGCACACGUAAGAAACAAAAGAAAUCGUGAGCAUGGAGUUGAUAAUAUAUCAUUAAACUCUCUCUCGAGUACUGAAACUCCGUACUCAUUAAAUCUUCAACUCUCCUCGAAUUUACAAAUUCAUGAUCGUGAAACACCAGCUACAAGAAAUAAUAAUUCGUAUAAUGACGUUGCUACACAGCCAGUUGAUAACUUUUGGGAUGAUGGACAUUUAUCUUUUCGCUCAGUACCCGACAGUAAUGAAGAAAAUUAUUCAUUGCGUCACUUAAGCGGUGAAAUGCGUGACGUUCUUUUAUCACUAGUCACAUCAAAUCGAACAAGACCAGACUACCUUGUUAUUAUUUUACGUGAAAUAAAAGCCAUCAGUGAAGAUCACAGAUUAAGGCCAAGACUUUUGCGUUCUUUGAGAGCUCUUCAGGAUACUCAGUCAGCAAAUAAUCCUCUGAAUGAAACAACAGAUCAAACUGCAAGUGAAAGUUGUCAGUCAAGUGAUGAAGAUUCAGAUGCUGGUGGUCAAGCACGGCCAUUACUUAAUACUUCUAAUAAUGAUCAUCAGUCAUCUUUACUAAAUGAAUUUUUAAUGUCAUCUCAUGCCGUAGGACAAGUACCUCAUGCGCAAAAUAUGCCAGCUCUGCUGGUUGAUCAUUUUGAAUUUGAAGCAGCUGCUCAAAUAAAUGAGACUAAUACAUUCCCUCCACCAAUUCUUACACCUGGAUACAACGAAGACUUGGCUGAAGCUGAUCAGUCACGUCCUGAAGCUUCAAAUAACCAACAAAAUUCACCAGAAAAUGAAAAUGUUGAAAUACAAGAGAAUGGUGCCGUACACUCGGCGAAUCUCGAUAUUGCAACACUGGAAGCCGAUCGUGAAAUCGCAAACCUGAUAUAAACGAUAAUAAUUUAAUAGUUUACUAGAAUUAUCAUUGCUAAACUCUAUAAAUUCCAUUUUAUAUCAAUUAAUAAUUUAUACAUUUUUUAAAAUU